GACGAGCGUGGAUGUCCAGCUUUCCAGAUAAGGAGACUCUCCUGUUGCCUACUAUUGUAUGCCCCCGUCCCUGGAUUUGACUCAUGGACAGAUUCUCUGGACCUGCUUCCACACAACUUGUGCCCUGCACGUGCACUUCCCCCAAUGGGCACCAAGAGGACUUCUGCGCAGAUUAGCGCUCACAGAACUCGUAAUUCUGCCGAUCCCAGAACUCUUCUCUUCUCUAGUCCAUUGCAUUCCAUGGGGUAGUAGCAUUCAUAGCAAGUAGCAUGUGAGCUGACCUUUACAUACCUUCCACGUGCACGCACAUAAAUGCCCUUCACGAUCGAUCGAAGUUCGAGACGUACCCAUGGUGGCAUCGACUCGCUAACUAACAGCUUUGCUUGCUUUGGAGAAUUGAUCUUCAAGUCAACCUGCAUCAUCCGAUGACUAUCCGAUUUUGCAUUGCAGUGAAAGACAGUUCACGGUCCAAGCAAGUGUCCGUCCGUUCCAAGUUGCUAGGCGGAUCUUGAGGGACCUUAAGGCAGUAAACCAGACCAGACCAGAACGAACCGAACCGAACCGAACCGAACCGAACCACAGUUGGAGUAAGCGUCAAAUGCGCACUGGAGUGAGUAGUCAGAGGACGAGGCAUGAGGUUUUAGGAUGGUGUGUACAUGCCCUCGACAAGUUUCCUGGCAGACUAGACUUGCUCUGAACUCGUUGGUGUGUUCAGCAGCAGCAGCAGCAGCAGCAGAGUCUGGACCCAACUGAACGACCAACUCCUCUUCCUCCUCCUCCUCCUCCCCUCCCUCGCCUACUGUGGCCCUCCCUGUGUUUGGGUCCACAAAAGCUGGGCUGCAGCCAUCCAAAGCAGGGGAAGCUCUCAGAGAAGAGGUACAACUGCAGGUCUAGCUCAAAUGUAAAAUUCUCCUCUGCUCCUGCUCCCUCGUCAUCAUCCUCAUCUUCUUCAGCGCCUCCUUCUUCUGCUACGUCCCGGCCACUACUACCUCUACAGCUGCUGCUGCUGCUGCAGCUGCAGCUGAUGCCGAUGCCGGCCCUGCCUCGGAACAGAGGCAACACGAAAAGAGCGUAUGUCCUGUUGUGGAGUCAAUAGUCUCCGCAGACUGUUCACGAACAGCUUCGCAUUUCGAGCAAUCUGCUCGUCCACAUCCACGACGUGCUUUCCGGAAUGGAUGCGCCUCAGCAGCUUGUGAGCUUGGGUUCUUUUGCUUGCCUGCCGAGGUCGCCACCUUGCAGCAGCGUUACAUUCCUCAGAGCAGAGAAUGAAAGGACCCGCAGCACCAGCACCUCGCACGGCUUCAUGAUUUCCUCCGCUCUUCAUGGUAUGUCCAAAUUUGACACACCGCUGCCCAAUUGCAGCUGAAUCUGCCGUGGUUCAGUGAGAUUUGCAGCCCCUCUUGUGUCAAAUUGUCCCACAGCGAUCUUUGCCUCGGCCGAAGCAUCGAGGCGAUUCCUCCUGCACGAGAACAGACGGGCUGCGGACAUUGGUGCUACGCCCACUCUGUAGUUGCCCCCGCCGGCUUCAACAGCAGGACGAUCCUUCUGUAGCGUAUCUGAUGCAGGAUGUGUCCUGGAUCUAGGUAAUGGUCCGUGCCAGCUGUGGGCAGAGCGCUGUCCUCUUAGAACUGCGUCGCUGAAUGCAUGAUCAUGGCAAACUCCGAGCGGCAUAAAUUGAUGAGAACAACCUCGAAUCGCCUGCCUAUGAAGGGACCGUCAGUUCAGUACACGGUGGCCAAGUUAGUCAACCUCAUGAUGCAGCGAAGGUAUCAGAAGAUUUCCUGAGAUUCUUUUGGUGUGCACAUUCCUUUGUACAAAACCCAUAAAAUCACUUGAGAAGACAAAAGUCCGCAGUGUACAUAACACCUGCUAGAUACAGUUCCAUUUCGACUGCUGACCGUAUCCAGGACUCCCAAAAGUAUUCUGUGACGAGGGCAGCAGCAGUUCCACCAUGGCACCUGGAUUUUCGGUGACAAGAAGAAGGUGGUCUUUAGCAGCUGUGUUUCUACUACUCUUGUUUCAAGCAGUCUGCAAUGCACAGUUGUCGGAAACAUUUUAUAGCGCAAGUUGCCCACAAGCACUGGCUUUAGUUAAAGCCAAGGUUGAUGAAUUUAUUACUGCUGAUAGAGGAAUAGCUGGAGGAUUCCUGCGGCUGCACUUUCAUGACUGCUUCGUGCGGGGCUGUGAUGGAUCCGUGCUCCUGGAUUCCACAAAUAAAACAGCAGAGAAGGAUUCUGCUCCAAAUUUGGGUUCCAUUAGAGGACUUAGUCAGAUUGACGAGGUCAAAGCGGUUCUCGAAGCAGCGUGCCCGGGAGUUGUGUCUUGUGCAGACAUCAUUACUCUGGUCGCCCGUGAUGCCACAGUGGCGAUCGGAGGCCCAAAUUGGUCAGUGCCACUCGGUCGCAGAGACGGCUUGGUCUCUUCCAAGGAUGAGGCUCUCGCCAGUCUACCGUCCCCUAGUGACAACUUCGGCCAGCUCGUCAGAAAUUUCGCGGGAGUCGGACUUUCUGUCCAAGACCUCGUCGUGCUCACAGGUGGACACACAAUAGGUCGAUCUCAUUGUGCACCGGUUUUGAGGCGCUUGUACAAUUUCACCGGAGUUUUUAAUUCCAGGGAUCCAUCGAUUGAUCCAACAUUUGCCAAUUCUCUUGUACUGCAAUGCCCACAGAACAAGGCCUCAAAUGUUAUCGCCAUGGAUACCACUAACGGGACCUUUGAUAGUGUAUUUUUUAACGAUCUCCUGGCCAACAGAGGAGUAUUUACGUCAGAUGCUACGCUUCUGAGCAAUCCCUUUUCUCUUGCAAUUGUAAAUGCAUCGGCACAAACACCGUCUUUUUUUCUUCUUAACUUCGCAGCGGCUAUGGUAAGAAUGGGGAACAUCAGUGUCUUGACAGGAUCUGCCGGCGAAGUCCGCCGGAAUUGUAGUAGGACCAAUAACAGUUGAAAGACCAUCUCAACAAGAGCAAGACAAUUUGAGAACGGACUUUUGUUUGUGUGUUGUAGAUGUG